AUGGACAACGACGAUAACCCACCCGCGGAAUACAAGCCCUCGGAGACCAUUCCGAACCUGCCCAACUACCGUCUCUAUCUGGGCGAACCGGAGACGAAAGAAGGCUAUGGUAGGGUGAUUUCUCGGCUGGAUCAGCCUGAUCCGGUGAAAAUCGACGAGGAGGACGAAAUUGUUGGUGGGCCUAAGGGUAGGUUAAUAUGCUUUCGAGGUUUAUUGAAGGGGCAGGGCAUUUGAUUUUAAAGGGGGGGGUGAAAGUAGUUUUUUUGUUAUGGAGGGGGGGGACAAAAAAAUUUUUACAAAAAUUUAGGUGGAUUUUUCUUGUGGGAGUGGGGGUUUGGGCAGGUCAUUUUUUGAAAGUGGGUAAGGACAGCGGAAGAGAGGUAUCAGGGGCCAGAUGUUCAAAUUAAGCUCUUUAACCUUACUAUACCUCUCCUUUUCAGCCAAGAUAGAAGACAUGCCUAAAGCCGAGUACCUUGAAAAGCUGUCUGUCCAAACAGGCGUGGCUCAAAGCCAGACCAGCUUUUCCAACGUUCACACUGAGGAAGCGAAGAGUGAGUACACCGCUCAUGACUCUGAAAGCUGGGAGAAUGUGAAGACGGCGUUGGAGAAUGCGGAACUAGUCGAUAUCUACAACGGAAUGUCGCCGGCCGAGUAUCUGGAGACUCUGAAUGCUACAACGGCACGGUGCUCAAGCUACAGCAAUCUGAACGCUGAGGGUGGAGAGUUGAAGGCAGAUGGUGGUGGUCUGCAGGCUCAGUAUGGUGGAAUGCAGGCCCAGUAUUAUGCUGGUGUGAACGCUCAGUAUGAUGUUGAUGUACAAGCUCAGUUUAGUGCUGGUUUGGAAGCUCAGUCUGGUGGUAUUGGAGCUAAUGAAGGUGGUUAUCAGCCAAGUGAUGACGACCCAAAGACUGGUAGAGCCGCUGGGCCAGCCGAAAGUGCAUCCAAAGCCAGUCUUGACAGUUCGAAAAGCACGGCCUACGAAAAAAUGACUCCGGCCGAGUAUAUAGAGCAACUGAAUGUGCAAACCGCGGCCGAAAAGAACAGUCUGACCAAUGUUCACACUGGAGAAGAGCACAGUCAGCCAAUUUCUCCGGCCGAAGACUCGAACAGUCAAAAUGAUAUGGAUCGUAAAGGAUGCGACUUGACUCAAGUUGAAGGUGAGGAAGGCCUGAAGACUGGAAUUGAGAAGAGCUUGCGUGAGCUGGAGGCUGGUGGAAGAGCAUCUGGUCUUCGUACUGGAAGAAGCGCAUCAAAUGUUAAUCUUCGUACUGGAAGAAGUGCUGAAACUAGUGCAUCUGGUACUCAUGCUGGUACCUUUGGAGCUAAUCUGCGUACUGGAAGAGAAGCUAGUGCGUCGGGUACUGAUCUUCGUACUGGAAGAGAACGAAUUCUAUCAAAUCUUCGUACUGGCCGUGCCACAGAUGAAGACGUUAAAACUGGCGUCUAUGGUGAAGAUGAGAUCACUAGACGUGAAGACUUGAAUCCAGAAGAGUACUGUGAACGUCUCAGUGUGCAAACCGCGACCGAACAGAACAGUCAGGCUGACGUUUGCACUGGCGAAGAGCACAGUCAGCCAAUUUCUCCGGCCAAAGACUCGAACAGUCAAGCAGGUUUGGACCACGAAGGACACAUGGCUCAAGUUGGUGAUGAAAGUCUCAAGACUGGGCUGGAGAAGAGCUUGCGUGGGCUGACUUCUGGUGGAGGGGCUGCUAACCUUCGUACUGGAAGAAGUGCUGAAGCUAGUGCCUCUGGUACUAAAGGUGGUCUUUCUGGGGCUAGUCUGCGUACUGGAAGAGAAGCUAGUUUGUCUGGUACUAACCUUCGUACUGGCAGAGAACGAAGUGUUUCGAACCUCCGUACUGGAAGAAGUGCAUCAAAUGCUAAUCUUCGUACUGGACGCCAAAGAAGUCAAUCGAAGCUCCGUACUGGCCGAGAACGGAGUGCUUCAAACCUUUGUACUGGACGUCAAAGAAGUCUUUCGAACCUUCGUACUGGCCGUGCAACAGAUGAAGAUGUCAAAACUGGGGUCUAUGGUGAAGAUGAGAUUACCAGACGAGAGGAAAUGACCCCAGAGGAGUACCGUGAACGCCUCAGUAUGCAAACAGUGGCCGAAAAGAGUGAGCACGAUCUUCAAGCUGGAGCAGGUCAAGCUAAUGUGAAUGCCAAUUCGAACGUUCCAUCACAUCUUGACCAAGUCAUUGCUGAUCACCUUGGUAUUAAUGCUCAAGACCUUGCUACAGCUCGUGGUGCCAAUAGUCAAGACAAUCUGAAGACCGGGUUGCUCGCAAAUGAUGAGAUUAGAGCUUCUCAGGCUGACGUUCGUACUGGUCGAAGUUCUUCAAACCUUGGUACUGAUCAAGCAGCUUCUCAGGCUGAUGCGCGUGCUGGAGCUCAAUACGUAGAAGCCUCUCAAAACCUGAAGGCUACUAUGCUUGGUAGUGAUGAGAUUACCAAACGUGAUGAUCUGACUCCAGAAGAGUACCGUGAGCGCCUCAGUGUUCAAACAGCGGCCGAAAAAAGUGAGAACGAUCUUGGCGGUGGACUUGGAGCAGGUCAGGCUAAUGUUAGUACUGGUAGAAGUGCAUCAAAUGCCAAUCUGCGCACUGGAAGAACAGCAUCAAAUGCUAACCUUCGUACAGGAAGAAAUUCUGAAGCUAGUACAUCUGGUACUCAAGGUGGUAUUUCUGGUGUUAAUCUGCGUACUGGAAGAGAAGCUAGUGCAUCUGGAUCUAAUGUUUGUACUGGCAGAGAACGAAGUGCUUCAAACCUCCGUACUGGAAGAAGUGCGUCAAGUGCUAAUCUUCGUACUGGUCGACAGAAAAGCCUUUCAAACCUUCGUACUGGCCGAGACCGAAGUGCUUCGAACCUUCGUACUGGUCGUGCAGCAGAUGAAGAUGUCAAAACUGGUGUCUAUGGUAAAGAUGAGAUAACCAGACGAGAGGAAAUGACACCAGAAGAGUACCGUGAACGUCUCAGUAUGCAAACUGCGGCCGAAAAGAGCGAGCACAAUAUUGGUACUGGAGCUUCGAAUCUUAGUACUGGUCAAGCAGCUUCUCAAGCCGAUGUUCGUGCUGGAGCUCAAUACGUAGAAGCGUCUCAGAAGCUGAAAACUGCGAUGCUCGGUAGUGAUGAGAUCACCAAACGUGAGGAUUUGACACCAGAAGAGUACCGUGAACGUCUCAGCGUUCAAACAGCGGCCGAAAAGAGUGAGCAUGAUUUUGGUGUUGGAGGUUUAAAUCUUAGUGCUGGUCGAGGUGCCUCUCAGUCUGAUGUUCGUACUGGAAGAAGUGCUUCGAAUGCCAACCUACGUUUGGUAUGUCUUUUAUAUUUUAAGUGCACGUAAUAGAUAAUUUUAUAUAUUUUUUCGUUGUUUAAUGAAAGUAAAAUCUAUAUUAUACUUGAUAUUUUGACUUUAUUUAGGCCCCACAAGCUCAAAACCUUGGAUCUUCUGGUAAUGAUGUGUUGGCAGCUCUGGAAGGCGUUAAUCUUCAAGACCAACAAAGCAUUCGUACUGGUAGAUCUGCUUUGCGUGCCAAUCUGAAUACUGGCAAAUCAGCUUCGCGUACCAAUGUCAACACUGGCAAAUUGUCUUCCAGUACCAAUGUCAUUACAGGCAAAUCUGCUUCAAGUAUCGACGUACAGAAUCAACCCACUGAUGUCAGCACUGCCAAGCCCGGAAACUUCUUGACCGAUGCAGCUCGUGCACAAAGCCGUGAAGCUCUGAAGACUGCCCUCUUGAGUGAACUCGACGAUAUUACCAUAGCCGAAGACUUGACCCCGGCCGAAUACAUUGAACGAUUGGGUAUUCAGACUGGUGUUGAGAAUAGUGCUCACAAUCUACGUACUGGUAGAGGAGCGUCUCAGGUCGAUGUUCGUACUGGAAGAAGUGCUUCAAGGGGCAAUCUGCGAACUGGAAGAGAAGCUAGUGCAUCUGGUACUAGCCUUCGUACUGGUCGUCAGAGAAGUCAAUCAAACCUUCGUACUGGCCUAGAACAAAGCCUCUCAGAUCUUAGUACUGGAAGAAGCGCUUCAACUGCCAGUCUUAGUACUGGACGUCAGAGAAGCCAAUCAAACCUUCGUACUGGCCGAGAUCAAAGCGCUUCGAACCUUCGUACUGGCCGGGAUCACAGUGCUUCGAACCUUCGUACUGGAAGAAGUGCGUCGAGUAACAACCUCCGUACUGGUCGAGAACGAAGUCUAUCAAACCUUCAACUCCGUACUGGCCGUGCAAUUGACGAGGAUGUUAUAACAGCUAUCUAUGGUGAAGACGAGAUCACCAGACGUGAGGACUUGACUGCUGACGAGUACCGUGGACGUCUCAGUAUGCAAACGGCGGCCGAGAAGACCGAGCACGAUCUCCUUGGACUGAACCUUACGACUUUAACUGCUAGAGAGUACGACAGUACUGAGGACUUGAAGACUGCUACAAAGCAGACAUAUGCCAAUUCUGAUCCGACUUUGGCUGAACUUGCUCAGCAUUCUUAG